AUGACUGUGCGUCCCACUGCCACCAGCAACAUUCUUCUGAGCUCUGGGUCAUGUUCCUCUUUCUUCUUUGCCUUUGGCUUGUAUUUCAGAGAUUGCCUGUGUGUCUUCAGCACUGCUGCCCAGCAGAGAAGCACAGGAGAUGAGUGUGGCCCAGAGGAUCCCUGCGAUGAGCCGAGGCAUCCCCUUUCUGAGCGAGCUCUAGAGCUCAAAGCCAGCAAAUUGGAAGAACAAGUUCGUGAUUUAACUGAACGAUAUCGGAAAGCCGUGGCGGAUUCUGAAAAUGUCCGGAGGAGAACACAGAAGUUCGUGGAAGAUGCCAAGCUGUUUGGAAUCCAGAGUUUUUGCAAGGAUCUGGUGGAAGUGGCAGAUAUCUUGGAGAAGACAACUGAGAGCACUACAAGAGAAGCAGAGCCUAGUGACCCGAAACCAACCCUCAAGAAGAUCUGUGAAGGCCUCUCUCUCAUAGAGGCUAAAAUGCAAAGUGUAUUUGCCAAGCACGGCCUUCAGAAGAUGAACCCAAUUGGUGGCAAAUAUGAUCCUUACGACCAUGAAAUAGUCUGCCAUGUGCCAGCAGAAGGAAUGCAGCCGGGCACAGUGGCACUAGUGACUCAGGACGGGUAUAAACUCCAUGGUCGUACUAUCAGACACGCACAUGUUGGUGUGGCAGUAGAGUCGCAGGAGUGAUGUGGCUGCAUCCUUGGGGAUCUGGGACCUUUAUGAGCUGAGGACUCUGCCACACACUGGUGAUAACAGCUGCAUGUCUUUUCUUUAUUUAUUAAGCUAGGCUUGUAUUGUACAUUGGCUUCUUCACAACAUGUGCAGUCAUCUUGGCUUUAAUUCCAAGAAGAUCAGUUAUUUAAUGAUACUUUUCUGAGAGUAUAUGGAGUAAUUCUGGGAGUCCUGCUAUUUGCCAGAAGCAUGUGGCACUGCUAGCCCCUUUCUCUGUUGGAUUCAGGUAUCUAUUAAAACUUGCACUGGGGAAGAGGGACUUGGAGAGAGAGAGAGAGAGAGAGAGUGUGUGAGAGCUAGGAAUUUCUGCCUUCUGAUCCCAGCUCAAACAUACUCUUUCUGUGGCUUUGGGCAAGUCACUUAGCCACUCUGCCUCAGUUUCCCUUCAUGUAAAAUAGGGAUAAAAUUAAUACUUACUGCCUCGCAGGGGCGUUGUGAAGAUGAAUAUUUGAGAUGCACUUUAGAGUUGAAGACCUCUAAGUGCUAAAUAUUAUUAUGAGACUCUUUUGUGGUCUUUUUUUUCCCUAUUUUUCUUAGGCAGAGAGCUGUAGAAAGGUCUGCUGUUUUCAGCCAGACUUUUCUCAUCUCUGUUCAGAAAGUAAUUCUGAAUUAACAAAGCCUUAAUAAUCUUGUAUUUUAAUAUGUAAGAAGGUUUUUUAAAAUUCAGUUGAAACGAUCAGACUAAUGUUUACUCUCCAACAAAUACUUCAGACUUGUCUGCUUCUUAUUGAAGUAACAGUAAGUAACACCAGAAAGGAGGAGCAGAAAUUAUUUUCAAGUCUUAGCCAAUGAACAAAGAUGUAGGCCUGUUCUCAAACAAGAAUUGCAUUGAAAGCAGGGAAAUCUCUAUCCCUAGAUCACUUGUGCUGCAGCUUCCAAGCUCCAGAAACGGUUCACUUUUUAUCUGUCCCAAAAAGGAAAAUGAUCUCUUAUUUUGUCAUUCACCACCUAAUUGCUACACAAUUAACAUUAGUUACUUUUCCCAAUCCUAAUUCAGAGCCUAAUUCUAUCUGGCUGAGGAUAGACAUCAAAUUUGGGCUUUAUUUCAUUUUUUUUAGAUGGAAGGAGGGAAGUCUUAGCAAAAGCUCCAAGUGUCUUUAAAUCAGUUGCAGCAACAAUUUUGAGCAAGUGAAGAGAAACUGGGAUCCAAGUGCUAACCAAGAUCAGAAGCUGGUCUGAAAGGUUUUUGUUCAAGGCAGUUUGGUGUGGUCUGGUGAAAGAUUAUGGGGCAUGUGUAUCUCUGCUGAACAGUUCUUGUGUGAUAGCUUCAGCUAAACUGAAAGGAUAGGUAAACUCAUCCCCAGCAUGACUGAUUUACUAGAAGCUAAUGUGUAUCUGGGAGCUAACAUGGAAUCCACCCCCCUCCUUUUUUUUAUGAACAGUGCAAGAAAUAGUGGAAGAGAAGGCCCCCUGUGCUAUCAGAUGCACUAUAAAAGGCAUGGAGAAUGAACAGUUGUGCUUUCAGGAGGCUUCCUGCUAAGGAAGGAAUUCUUGCCCUCUC